GAUACCAUAACGGCCUGUCGUAGAUAUUGAAUUUAAAAUACGUCACAUACGAUCAAGUACCCUGUCCAGCUAACCUACAUAUUGUAUAGGAAAAAACACAACUUUUUAAAAAGCGUUUAUGUUAUAAAAAGCAAAGAAGGGACAAUAAUAUGACAGUGUUAGAAGAAGGGAACAUAGAUGUCUGUCCUGUUACCAAGGAAACAUGGGAGGCACGAGCAGCAAUAAAACAGGCGGAUUGUGGUGGACAAAGUGUUUAUCAUUGUCUGUCUGACAGUAAAGGUUGGAAGUGGGAACGAUGUGUGGAGAAAACAAAGAUUAUUGGAGGGCAAUGUCCGAUUUUUACCGCUGAUGGCUACAUUGACUGGCAGUCAUGUAACACUACUGACCCCACGUGUCCAAACAGCACCUAUGUAUCUAACGAAGUGUAUAAAUUUCCAAAAUGCUUUGGUAAGAAUGUCCCAAAGGCAAAAAUAGCUGAAGUUCCAAAUGAUACGAGUGCAGGGGAUUUGUCUGCAGGAGUAAUCACUGCCAUUGUUUUAGUCAUUGCAAUCGUAGCUGUUACAGCUAUGAUCCUCUUUAUUUUUAUUUAUCGUCGUAACAGACGCCAAAAGGAUCCUAUUGUUCAUAAUGGUCUGAAGGCACUUUCAAGAAAAGAUGGAAAAUCGCUGUUUGUGCAUGGCAAAUUUGGAAAUUCGGUUUCCAGUACUUCUCGUCUUAUAUUGGAGAAAUUUAUAGAGAACAAUGUGGAAUGGAAAUCUCUAGAAUGUCGUUAUACAGACAUACCAGACAAUGUGGAGGAGAAUACUAUAAUGUUUGUGUAUGGCUGGUUCGGACUUUGGAAUGAUGAUCCAUGCUCAGUAGACAGAGUUAAAAAGGCAUGCCAAGAUCUAAAUAACAUAUUAUGUAAAGAUAUCAAAAUUGUCAUUGGAAUGAGAACGGAGUAUCAGAGAAAAUAUCACAAGAUUGCAUGUUUAACUGGAUCACCUUUAUUUCGUUAUGAACUGAGCCUGGAUUCAGAAAACUUUGAAAGAUAUGAAGAGCAUUUUCGAUUUUUCAAAAAAAGAAUAAAAGAACCUUGUCAGAAAGAAGAAUGCCAUUGUCAUGAUUUGAAGUUUGAAACUUUCAAAGAGGAUCGUGAUUCAGAAAUAGGCAUUCCCUUAAAAAUGAAUGUACUUGAGAAAUACCACAAUGUUAUCGAUGAUUAUGUGAUCAAAGGCAGUCUUUUACAGGCGAUGACAGAUCACAUUACCAGUCUUGAGGGAGACAAAGAAACCAAGAGUACAUAUCAAUGGAUUAUGUACAUAUGUUUAAAAGGUCAAUAUAACAGAUCAGAGGAAUUAGAUACAGAACUGAUAAGAACCAUGGAAUUCGGAAUUAAUAAGUUAUCUUUUACGGAAGACCUCUUGAGUAAAUAUAUAAUAAUGAAGAAUUCAGAUCAGCAGAAAAAAGUACCACCAGAGUCUGCACAGUAUGUUUUCUGGCAUCCAUUUAUCUACAUAUGCGCUUUUCACUCACUGUUUAGAACAAAUCCGGGCACUGUCAUGAAAUAUUGUAAUAUUGACGCCAUUCUGCAACUCGUUCGUCCAGAAAAUUAUUUAGACACGUAUUUGGAGGUUCGUGCAGACGAAGCCAUGAUUGACCUGUUUAAUCAAAGAAUUCAGGCAGAAGGUCUACAAGAUCUUUACAAGAACCAUCCUUUAGUGAUUCUAUCAGAAGACACAGAAGAAGAUAAUAUAGACGAUGUUGAACAGAGCAGCGAAGAGGGAACGAGCGAACAACAGCCUUUCAUUGUAUUUUCGCAUGUGACCAUGAACAUGAUGAAUAUGUAACUUUAAUAAGUAUUCAAUUCCCUGUAGUUCAUUAUAUACAAUAAUAUUUCGAUGUUUAUCUUAUAAUGCACUAGUGUAUAUAAUGAACAUGCAUGUACAUAUCAGUAAACCCAAAUUUUGCCCUUGGAUUAUUCCUAUAUCCACUGCCACAGAAAUA